GCCCGUUCCUUUCGUUCUCUCCAGACCUUCUCUGAUCGCAAUAAAUUUUUGAACGAAAACAACAAUGGCUUUCUCAUCAUCAAUAUAUAAUCGAACACUGUUGGCAGUUGUUUUAGUAAUCCUUUGUUCAGCCUCCGUAUUUGCUUUAACAAUUCAAAACGGAUUAACUCAACAAGAUAAGACAAAUAUUCAAAGCGUUUUAGAAAAGGAUUUUAAAGGAAUUAGUAACAAGAAGGACUUGUUCUACUCUGCAUCAACUCUUUUAAAGAUUUCUAAUGGAGACAUCAUUCAAUCUGCUCAAAACCAAUGUGUGAAAACAAUUUCUAAUGUUGAAGGACCAGAAGCUUUGUACAACUUGAUUGCAUCAAAUGCUGCUUUGAAGUGUUCUCCACUUGAAUCAUACACUGCUGUCCAAAGUGCUUUGGCCAAAUACAUUGAUGAAAGCAGCGACAAGACUUCUGCUGAAAAUAUUUAUUCGAUCGCUAGAAGUAUUUUGUUGACAAAGAGCAAGAUUAACGUUGCUGAUUUGAAGAUUUCUAAACUCUACGAACUUGUUGUUAAACAACUCACAUCAUCAAUUAAACAAGAUUGUAACGAUGCUUGUUUGAAGAGUGUUGGUUUCUUGAUGGAAGCUGCUCAAAUUUUGCAAAGUAUUCAAAAGUCUGAUGUUGCUUCUCUCAAUAAGGCUAUUUCUGCUCUCACUUCCGUUACCAAGAAGGCUAUUUCAUCAAACAAUGUUGAAACUGUUGCUAUCUUUGCUAGAGGAUUGAACAAACUUGCUACUAUUGUUGAUGUUAAGAGCAAGGUAUCAAAGGAAGAUUUUGUUGCUCUCAUUAAUUCCUUGGUCUCCAAGAAGGAUUCAUCAAAGACCUUGAGUGAAAUUUAUCAUCUCAUUGAAGGUGUUCAAUCGUUCACCAAGCCAAUUUAUGAACCAAUUGUUGUUGUUUCCGAAUUGAAGGAUGAAAAGGGAGCCAUCUCUCUUCAAAUUUCCAACAUUUUGGGUGCUCCAUUGAGUGAAAAGGUUACCUUGCAAAGUGUUUACAAGGGAAGUAAUUCCGAUGAUUCCAUUUUGCCAAAGGGUCCAGUUAAGCUUGAUGCCAAUGGAGUUGAAUAUCAAAUCAAGGGUGUUAAACUUGAUUCUGGUAUUUUCAAUUUUGAUAUCACUGUCGGAAAGGAAGCUGUUACUCGUUCAUUGAAGACUGCUGCUGCUGAUUUGAAGAUUAGAGAUUUCCAACUUGAUGUCGGAAAGUUCUCUCGUUCAAAUGUUGCUUAUCCAAAGACAUUGGAAGAAAAGUUGACUAUUGAUGUUGAUUCAAACAAUAGAAUUCGUGUCAAUUUCGCUUUGGCCGGUGUUGCUCCACAUCAAGUUUUCCUUAGAAUUGGUAAUUGUAAGAAUGAAGCUAUUUUCAACAUUAAGCAACAACAUCAACCAAAUUAUAAUUUGGAUCUUGGAUUGGAUAGAGUUGUUGGUCCAGCUUUGAAGUAUGAAUCUGGAGAAUAUAAGGUUCAAAUUUUCAUUGGUGAUGCCACUUUGAGCACUCCAAUUCACUGGACUGUUGCUACCGUUGUUAUUAACUUCUCCAAGCAAAUUGAAAAGACUGAAGAAGAAUUGUUGUAUCAACCAAGAGAAUUGAUCACACACAUUUUCAGAGCUCCUGAAAAGAGAGCUGGUUCUGAAAUUGCCUCAUUGUUCUCUCUUGUUGUUUUUGCUCCAUUGGCUAUCUUCUUGAUUGGUCUUAUCACUGUUAGAUUUAACUUUGGAGGAUGCCCAUCUGGUUUGGCUGGUUUGUUGGCUCCAGUUUUUGUUGGACUUUUGGGUGUUUUGGUUGGAAUUUUGGCAAUGUACUUUAUCUCGUGGGAUAUCUUUGUUACUAUGAAAUAUUUAGGUUUGGCUGGUAUUGCCAUUACUUUGGUUGGUGCUAAGGUUUUGAGUGGUGUUGCUGAAAAGAGAGCUCAAAACUAAAUAGUACACAGUAUUAGUAUUUUAAUAAUAUUAUGAAAAAUCAAUAAUUUUAUAAAAUUAAAAAAUGUCAAUAAGUGUGUGGAUCA